AGACUUCUUGGCGCCGCCGGUCACAUUCCCUCUUGUAAAGCUCCAAGAACCGACUCUCCAGUCUCCAUGAUCUUGAGGGCAACGACAUGGACACACAUCUGACUUACCCCUUCUUCAUUUCUCAAGUUUUUUGUCCGUGAAGAGAAGGAAAGAGUGAUCAUGAGUUAAUUAUGAGGACGAUAGGGUGAAGACCAGAGGAAAGCUUCCGUAAAAUGCAAAAAGCUCCUUUCUUGUCCUCCUUUUGCUUUUUCAUGAUCUUCCUGUCAUUCUUGGGCUUGUCAUUUGGAGCCGACACUUUAAGCUCAGGCCAGUCUAUGAACGAUGGAGAGACACGGGUCUCUUCAGGCCAAGGCUUUGAGCUUGGCUUCUUCUCCCCAGGAAGCUCCAAGAGCAGGUUCUUGGGGAUAUGGUACAAGAUGACCCCUGAAACAGUUGUCUGGGUUGCUAAUAGAGACAACCCGCUCAAUGAUUCAGGGGGUGUUCUCACAUUUAGCGAUGAGGGGAAUUUGAUUCUUCUCAACCAAUCAAAAAGUGUCAUUUGGUCUUCGUAUUCAUCCGUGGUUCUAAGAAAUCCGGUUGCACAGCUCUUGGAGUCUGGGAAUCUUGUUCUCAGAGAGGAUGCCAGUUCGAGUUCUGAAGACUAUUCAUGGCAGAGCUUUGACCAUCCAUCAGACACCCUUCUGUCCAGUAUGAAACUUGGAUGGGACUUCAGAACCGGUACUGAAAAGUACCUGACCUCUUGGAAAAGCAGGGAUGAUCCGUCCCCUGGAGAGUAUACCUUCAGGUUAAGGAUUCAUGGGUUGCCCCAAUUUGAAGUAUUCAACAAUGCUUCGGUCAUGAAAUUUCGGAGUGGUUCGUGGAAUGGCAUCCAAUUCAGCGGUCUCUCCAUCGGAGUGAAUCCCAUUUCGCGGCAAAUCUUUGUUUAUAACCAGACGGAUGUGUAUUUUGAGUAUGACCAUUUAAAGGAUGGGAUCCUCACCAGAAUCGUCUUGAAUGAGUCAGGUUUGUUGCAGCGUCUGGCGAGGAAGAAAGGAGGUGUCAGUUGGACUGUCAUGUACUCGCACCCCAUUGAUCCAUGUGAAAACUAUGCGCUAUGUGGAGCCAAUGGUUUUUGCAGAAGCAACAUAUAUUCGAGAUGUGAUUGCUUGCGGGGUUUCGUACCAAAGGUACCAGAGCAGUGGCAAAUGCUCGAUUGGUCAGGCGGUUGUGUGAGGAAAGUGUCUGUAAAUUGUUCGAAAGGAGAAGAAUUUUUCAAGCUUUCGAGGGUGAAACUACCUGAUCUGAUAGACUUCUGGCUAGACGAGAAUAUAAGCCUUGCGGAAUGCAGGGUCAGGUGCUUAAAGAACUGCUCUUGUACAGCUUAUGCUAAUUCAGAUGUCAGAGGAGGAGGGAGCGGUUGUCUAAUGUGGUUCGGGGACCUAAUGGAUACCAGUGAAUUUGAAGAUGCCGUCUAUGAGCAAGACUUACAUAUACGUCUAUCUGCUUCACAAUUAUAUUUGAUCCAAAUACCCACCAAAAGGAAAAGACUGGUGGUGACCAUCGGAGUGACUUCAGCCAUUUCUGGAUUGCUCUUGCUGGGUAUUAUCCUCUGGACUGUAACACUAACCUGGAAGAGAGUAUCGAAAAUACGAGACUCGAGGCAUGCAAAGGAUGACAUUGACCUUCCAUUAUUUGAGUUGGAUACAAUUGCUGCUGCUACUAAUAAUUUCUCUCCGACGAAUAUGAUUGGAUCAGGAGGCUUUGGUUCAGUCUACAAGUUAAUCAUGCAGGGAAAUCUUUCAACAAACCAAGAAAUAGCAGUACAAAGGUUGUCAAAGAAUUCAGGACAAGGUCGCGAAGAGUUCAUGAAUGAAGCAGCUUCGAUUGCCGGACUUCAACACAAGAAUCUUGUUGGGCUUCUUGGCUGCUGCAUCGAGAAAGAAGAAAGAAUGUUGAUUUACGAAUACAUGACGAAUAAAAGCUUGGAUAAUUUUAUUUUUGAUUGCAACAGACCCUUCUCCUUGGAAUGGGAAAAGCGUUUUGACAUUAUAAUUGGAAUCGGACGAGGGCUCCUUUAUCUCCACCAAGAUUCGAAAGUUCAAGUCAUUCAUAGAGACCUCAAAACAAGCAACAUCUUAUUGGAUGCCAACCUAAAUCCAAAAAUUUCUGAUUUUGGAUUGGCAAGAAUUUUUAGAGGUGAUGAAAAAGAAGCAAGAACAAAAAGAAUAAUUGGUACUUUUGGCUACAUGUGCCCAGAGUAUGCCAUUGAUGGAAAAUUCUCUGUGAAAUCCGAUGUAUUUAGCUUUGGCGUGCUUUUGUUAGAGACAGUGAGUGGGAAAAGGAACAGAGGAUUCUGCCAUCAAUGUCACCACCACAACCUUCUUGGACAUGCAUGGUUGCUGUGGAAUGAAGGCAGGGCCUUGGAACUUACGGAUGAUUCUUUAGCCGACUCCUGCAUUGAAUUUCAAGUAGAGAGAUCUAUACAAGUGGGUUUGUUGUGCGUCCAGAAAUUUCCCGCAGAUAGGCCAACAAUGUCUUCUGUUGUUUUCAUGCUGGCGAAUCAGGAAGCAAUCUUACCACAGCCUAAGCAGCCUGGUUUCUAUAUGGAAGAGAAGUCCAACAAGCUCGGAUUUGACUUCACCGAGAGAACUCUAUACAAGUCAUCUCGUGACUACAACAAUGCCAGAAGCUCGAUAGACACGCUAUUCACUCGACAUUUUUGUAAAUCUCCUGGAAUUCUUGUUCAAGUGGCUUAACAAGGAAAUCUUUCAGAUUUAAAGCCAAAACAAACAGGAUGAUGCUUGGCGAUGCUCAAUGACCAUGGGGAUGUCUUUGCACAAUGAGGUUCGCAUCUGUAUGUGUCGCGAAAACGUCAGAUGGAGUCUCAAAUAGAUGAGUGCCGAGGGAGUCAAUGAUAUAUGCA